AUGACCGUCCCCAGCAUUGGUGACAUAUUGAUGCUGUCGCAGAAAGCUUGGAAAGUUGGACGAACGUUUUAUGCUUGCCAGAAAGACGCGCCACCGGAGCUUCACUACGUCGAGACAGAAGUCGGUAGCCUCGCAAAAGCCCUAAAAUUACUGGCGGAGACGCUGCACACCGAAUAUGGAGGUGAACUAUUCCAGAGCGCUUGUCAGGAAACAAAAGAUGGCAUUGGCGCAAUCCUGAGAUCUUGUCAACAGAAGGUGGACGAUCUUGACUCGCUGAUUGACCAAUACCAAGUUAUCAGAAAACACCGUACUGUUGGCGGUUUCGCAAUUGAGCGUUCAUGGAGUGAUCUGGUCUUAACCUCUUACAAAACAAUGAUCUGGACGACUGAGGGCGGGGACCUUGCCAAUUUGCGGGAGAUAUUACAGACGCACACAAGCUCUAUCACCGUUCUGGCUGAAGCACUACAAAGCAAGUCUAUGACUCGUCUUGAAAGUGUAGUUACGCCAAUGGCAGAACGGGUUGAUCAUAUGUACCACUCGACUGGAAGUCUCGACCAGCAGCUGGACGAGGUACAUCGUUUGGUGGAGAAUCUGGCUGUCGCGUCACAGGACUCGCAUGUGCCACCUGUACCGGCAAGAAAUCCUGCGCGCUCACCAACCACUGAAGCAGCGAAUCCACUGAGUCAGAGUAUCCAUACUUUGUCUCCACCAAAGUCCCCGCCUAGAGAUCCAGAAACCAAAGUCUCUCUCCCUCGGAUCGCUCGGUGUCCAAGGUCACCAAAGCAGUCCUUACUGGUCGAACAUGAUGACGAAGCCCCUGUUACAUCGUCUCCGAUGAGGACUAUAUCUACCUCAAGAGCAUCAUCACCCAAUCAGAAACGAGUGUCAGAAUUCAGCUUCGGCGGUUCAUCGCUACGGUACUCUAGUAGCAGUUAUGCAUCGUCCGACGCCGGCACGAGUUCAGCCGGAUGGCAGAGUCCAUCACCAUUACUUCACGAAGCUCACCUUAGCCGACAUCAAUCGACGUCGACUAAGAAGACAUCACCUCUCCCACGCACACCGGAGGUACCUGGGUCGGGUCAAAAGAAUGACACUCGCCAUCUAACGUUGCUUCCACCUCCAGCGAUGAGGCUGGGUCCACCUCACGAGCUUGAGAGAACAUCCACGCAAACUUCACAGGCUAAGUUAAGCCCAUUUCCUUCGUCGCCAGAGAUCAUGAAACUCCACAGAAGCUCCACCACGGCUAGUCAGAAAGCGGCCUUUGAGAAAGAAGCUUUUCGCAACUCUGCUAUCUUGUGUGAUGUCCGCGGUUCGCUCGUGGAGUAUUCACACAGAAUCAACCAAGACGACCCCAGAGACGUCGAGAUGAUCCAAGCUUCUGAAGAAUGCAGGAUCGCCGUUGUACGGAAACGCGUAACUGACCCCGAGACAAGGUCGGUGCGCGUUGUGACGUCCGUUUGGGCGUUUAGUGAUGACAACACUACGCGUGUAGAGCUACGUAUGGAGGACGAUCAAAUGUACAUUCCGUACUCUAGCUACUUCAACCCAGCCAAAGUCUCAAUUACUGUACCCUGUGAACUCAAGUUUCACGAUAUCAAGCAUGGCAACCGGCCUGCACGGACAGAGAAAACAAGUUGGGUCAAUUAUGUUUUCGACUCGGGACAGGCGGCAGCAAUGUUCCAAAACGAACUAAUGGGUCGCACCCUUCUCGCCACCUUCCGGACAGAGAAGACAAUGCGCAUUCACGAAGGUCUUUCCAAGUCUUUCUCCUAUGCCGAGCAAAUGUGUGGCCUCGAGAAUCUACGGGUUUGGGAAGACAACGAUACAGGCGCCAUAAUCGCCCUGAUCCACUUCUCUGCCGACUUCAGAGAUGGUUAUCUAGCCUUUUACCUCAACUCCUCUGUCAACCCUAUCAAAGUGAAAGACGACGGUAACAGAGAGGUGAAAAUCAAGGGUCUGAGAGUGCCGAUCGACAGAGGUGAUCGCGCGAUGAGGAAAGAUAGUGUUGCUGAGGCUGCGGUCAAGGGAAAAGGAAAGGAGAAGGUGGAGAUUGAGAAGGCGGUGGAGAAGGGAAAGGUCAUCAGUGGAGCAAAGAUUGAGUUUGCGACUGACAUGGAGAAGAAGGAGUUUCUGGAAAUGUGUAAGGAGAUGCAGAGGAAUAUGAUUGAGCUACCGGAUCUGCUGGGUGUUAAUUGA